GACAUUUCGUAUAAUAUAUAUCUCAUAAUACAUCCACUCUCAGAGUUAGUCGAUGGUCCUUGGUCGUAAAUAUAUCAUUUAUUUACUCGAUUCAAAAUGAAGUCGCUCUUAAAAAUAUAUUCUUACUUUGGGUUUGUUAUUGCACUGACUGUAGCACAAUCGGAAGUUGAGGAAAAGUUUAUAAGUAGCAAAAUUGUACCCGACGUUUUAAAUAAUCCACCAGAAGCGCCAUGCGUGGUAAACUACACAGGGAGAGUCGUAAAAAUCGGUGAAACUUUGGAAAUCUCGAAAACUUUAAUGGAACCUUCGGUACAAUUCGAUUUUGACCCACAAGAAUUCUACACCAUCGCUUUUGUUGACCCCGACGCCCCGAGUCCCAACGCGCCAGCCAUGCGCGAGUUCAAGCACUGGCUGGUGGUGAACGUCCAGAGUUCCUCCAAAGGUGCCCCCGUCCAGGGUUCCUCUGGAGACACCCUGGCGGCGUACAUGUCUCCGGCACCGCUGUCCCCGGCCCCUCACCGGUACAUCGUGCUGGUGUACCGGCAGCCGGGCCGCCUGGAGUUUGAUGAACCUAUUAUCGUUAAGACUGCAGGAAGCUCGGCGCCGCGCACCAACUUCAAAGUGCAGAAAUUCGCUGAAAAGUAUAACUUGACCGGUCCGGUGUGCGGUUCGUUCUUCUAUGAACAAAUGAAUAAGGUUAUUUCAUUGUAAGUGUGAAAUAAAAUUACAAAUAAAUACCUAAUACCCUC